AUGAUGAAAGGAUACACGUUUUACACUUCUGGCGCGCCACAACAGCCAGGAGAAUCAAAAUGGAAAUAUCGCAUUCGAAAAUUAUUUACAAUAAAAACUUUGGAUAAAAUCGAAUUUGAUCAUGGUACUUCAGCACUCAACAGGACGCUUGGUGCAUGGGACGUAAUUAUGCUUGGUAUAGGAGGAAUUAUCGGCACGGGUAUAUUCGUAUUAACAGGACAAGCAGCAGCAUACAAUGCAGGACCAGCAGUGAUAUUUUCAUUCAUCAUUUCUGGAAUAGCAUCAGCCUUUGCAGCUUUAUCAUAUUCGGAAAUUGCUUCGAUGAUUCCGGUUGCCGGGUCCGCGUAUACUUAUACUUACGCAACAAUGGGCGAGCUUUUGGCUUGGAUCAUAGGAUGGGAUCUCAUUUUAGAGUAUCUUUUUGGAUCAGCAUCCAUAGCCUUAGGCUUCUCAGAGUACUUUGUGCAUUUCUUUGAACACGCGUUUAAAAUUCAUAUUCCUCCUGCUUGGACGGUCGCUCCACUAAUUUAUAAUGAAACCACUAGUGCAUUCGAAAAAGUACCUGGCUCAUAUUUUAAUGUUCCGGCAUUUGCUAUAACAAUAUUUUUAACUAUAAUACUUAUUAUUGGCAUAAGAGAAUCUGCUAAUUUCAAUACAUUGAUUGUGGGAAUCAAAGUUCUUAUUCUCGUAAUAUUUGUUAUAGCCGGUAGUACCAAGAUUAACACGGCAAAUUAUAAACCUUUCGUACCACAAAAUGAAGGAAAAUUUACGGAAUUUGGUUUUACGGGAAUACUUUCCGGUGCAACUGUAGUGUUUUUUGCUUAUAUCGGAUUUGAUGCGGUUUCAACUACCGCUCAAGAAGUGAAAAAUCCUCAAAUAAAUUUGCCUAUUGGAAUCAUAGGAAGUCUCGCAAUUUGCACUGUUUUAUACAUUGCUGUUUCCACCGUUAUGACUGGGAUGGUUCCUUUUCGUGAGUUGGGUUCUCCAGCUCCAAUAUCUUCGGCUGCCGAGAAAAAUAAUAUGCGAUGGCUUGGGAUAAUCGUGGAUUUGGGGGCCAUGCUUGGAUUAGUAUCCGGAAAUCUCGUGACACUUUUAGCACAAACACGUAUUUUCUAUUCGAUGGCACACGACGGGUUACUUUUUACAAAGUCUUCCAAGAUUCAUCCUAGAUUUAAAACGCCUUACAUUAUUACAGCAAUAACCGGAAUCUUUUGCGCAAUAGCUUCAGCGUUACUUCCCAUAGACAUACUGACACAAUUAACAUCGGUUGGCACAUUAUUUGCAUUUCUUUUGGUAAAUGUUGGCGUGGUAAUAUUACGUAUAUAUGCACCAGAUGUUCCAAGAAAGUUCAAAGUACCGGGAGGCCCCUAUCUUGUGCCUAUCAUAGGAUCUGCAUUUGACAUAUUAUUAUUAGCUUCGGCUCAUAAAGCAGCAAUUGAAAGAUUAUUUAUUUGGAUGGCGGUCGGAUUAUUGAUUUACUUUGUAUAUGGAGUAAGGAAUUCUAAGGUUAAUAAUAAUGAUAAUGUUCGAGAGAUUUCAAAACGAGAAACAAAUGAUCCAAACAACGAUGGAGUCAUUGAGAUGAUCAAUGUUGUAGGUGAUGAUGAUGGAAGUAAAUUCAUGUUAUCGAAGUUAUAG